AUGAAAGAAAAUAUAAAUCUUGAAACAGUACAUUAUUAUGAAAAUGAGAUGUUUAAAAUCCGUUUGAAUUUUAAUGGACGAGAACCAUACAAAUGGGUUACUAUACAAUAUAAAAAUUUUUUCAACGAACAACAAACUAAUAUUCGAUAUGAUACAUUAAAUGAUUUAAACCAAAAGAUUCGAACGAAAUUAAAUACUGCUUUACGAGAACUUUAA